UUCCCCGCCUUGGAGAGCGCUGCGAGCCCUUUACGGAGUGCUAAAGCUGAGGCGGCCUCCCGCAGAGGACCCCCUUGCUUAGAGGGAAAGUUAGCGGUGGAGUCCUUACGGGAACGCUUGCUUCGCUGAGCCGAGGCAGGCUGGCGUAACUUUGUAGUUAGGGAGCGUUACCUUGCAGGUGAAGGCUGCCGUAAGAAAGGCAGAGGAAGCACCUUGGAGGAGUGCAGCCAACAGAACUUGGGUGUUGCUCGGUUAAGCAAGUCAGAUUUACAGAUCUGUCAACACAGAGCACCGACCUGUUGCACCAAAAAAAUGGAAGAAAGCUACCAGGCAGCAGUUCGACAGGAGAGGACUCAAAGUAUCCAGACACUGAACUUCGAACUCAAGUACAUGAUUGUUGGUCACAUCACAGCCUUUCAAGAGGCCUUUGAGUCUUUGCUUCGCUUUGCUGAAAACCACACGAGUUCCCUUUUUGAGACAGCUUACAGACCUAUGGCAAAAGAGGCAGCAGAGCCUGUUAAAGAGCUUUUUACAGACAUCUCUCUCUACAUUCUGGGCGCGGAGACUACAGUGGAAAGUGCGGUGUUACGGUUCUUUGACAGCCUCUUCCCUCUGGUGUACAGCCGGCUAAUAAACCCAGGAAUUACAGAUUUAUCAGAGGACUAUGCGGAGUGUCUGCGGCUUACAAGGCAAGACAUAAAUCCUUUUGGACGCUAUUCUAAGGCUGUGGUUACAGAGCUGUCAAAAUCUCUUUGGGCAAGUCGGAUGCUCAGCCAGGCCCUGGGUCUGGGCAUUGAAGUGAUAAAUACUACUGAACAUGCGGCUCUCACCAAGGAAUGUAGCAGAGCUCUAGUGAAGAUGCAGUACUGCCCACACUGCCAGGGCCUGACGCUCAUCAGACCCUGUGUCGGAUAUUGUCUGAAUGUGAUGAGGGGCUGCUUGGCCAGUGUCUCAGAACUGGAUGCACAGUGGAGGGAGUAUAUCUCCACGCUGGAGUAUCUGACUAGUGAAAUGGCUGCCUCGCACGAUCUGGAAAUUGCACUGAUGGGAAUCCGGAACUCCGUCAAUGAAGCCAUCCUGCACGCACAGCUGAACGGACCGCAGCUUUCCGCUACAGUUGAUAAAGUGUGUGGACAGCCCAGACAACAAGAAGGAGUCCUGUCAGUAGGCAAUAUAGUGCCAGUGAAGGAAAUGACUGAAACUCAGACGUUCGUGAUGGCUCACACCAGUCUGAACAAUAAACGAAGUUCUCUGCCUCUGAAAGCUUCCAAGAGUGACAAAUCAAGAAGCUUGAAAAAAGCCUCUCGAGAGUUCAUCAACUACAUGAAGCGAUCCCGAACCUUUUAUGCCUCUAUAGCAGAAAGGCUGUGUGAUGGAGACCUGGUGAUGAGAGACAGCUCAACCUGCUGGAAUGGAGAAGAUGUUGUGGAAAGUUACACCAGCAGAGUUGUUUCCAAUGGACUGAAGGCACAGGUUAAUAAUCCAGAACUGAAAGUCAGAGGACUGGACCCACUCAUCAGUAAUUUAAUUGAUAAACUUCAGCACUUUAAUAAACUGGAUGCUGAGAAGGCAAAGUUGAAACUGGAAAGAUGGGCUUCCCGAGACGCCGGCAGCGGGGGGGGCAGGAGCGAGGAGAUGGAGUCAAGUGGGGACUGCGAUGAUGAGGAUGGCUGCCAAGGCUCCGGUGACAGGAUUCACACAGCAGAUAUACUCAAGGACAAGAAAACCCAUCCAGAAAACAGGAAUGAACCAAAACCAACUGUGAAAAAGACUGACACCACAACCACCACAAGCACUGACAAGUCAUCCUCUAAACACAGUGUAACUGGAAGCGGGAGCAGUCCAGCCCUGAGUUCCUCACUCAUUGUUGUAACCGCAGUAGCGGUCCUGUGGUGCUGUCCGCCGUAGCUGUGUUGCCUUGCAGCCACUGUGUGAGCAUUUCUGUUCACCAUCUUUUAUACCUGCAGCCUUACCCAGCAGAAAACAAAGUUAAAUGGCUCUCUAGUUUAUGUCAUGUGUUAGGGGAAGUAUGAAAGGGUGUGUUGGAGGUGGCAGACACCAAGUGUCGUCACUUACGAUGCCUGAAGAUAGCCUUUGACAAAGCCCACCCAAGACACAGAGGGAGUGAUGAGAAGGGUCUGAGGAGCUUAAGUUAUGGGGUAGAUAAAUUGAAACCAGAGAAGUUGUGUCUGUGUGUGUGUGUUGCUGGUUUUCUCGGUUUCAUUUGCUGGUAGCUGACUGCCUGGUUUGGUUUAACUUUUUUCAGGUCAGCUAUGACAAAGGGUCAGUCUUCAAACACAAGCCAAUAUGUAUCUUAUGUUUCCUAGUGGGCAGCCAACGAGCUGUGUCUGCAGUGGCAAACCAUGCUGAAGUGGAGUAUUCUCCACCAGCUUGAGGAAGCUUCUGAGCGAUCGAGGAGAUCAAAGCAUGUUUGAAAGUUCUUUUCACUCUUGCUGUUAGCUUGUAAGAAUCAACAGCAAGAGCGUUUGGUGUGUUAAUAUGUCAGUACAGUUGCCUUAAAUAAGGAAAAGAAAUUAGAACCACUUUGUUUAAAGUGGGAUAUAGGUAGUGAAGUCUCCCUGCCCCACAAAAUGCUUAAGCAUACGCUCAAGGCUGAUUGGAUACAUGUCCAGCAAUGGGAAACUUCCAGUUGAGAGCAGCUCUGUACAAAGGAAAACAAAAAACAAAGGUAAUCCAGUCCAAACUUGCUUUGCCUAUGUGAUGUUAAAGACAAACCAACUCAAAAUGUUCCACAAAGGUCCCAGAGAUAUAAAUUAUUUCAGGUUAGACACUGACUGGAUUCUGUGCAGCAUGAAUCUCUGAAACCAACUCUUCCCCAUGAGCUUAAUUGCAUUCAGUGUUUGAAAGCUUGCCCCAUGGUACAUAGAAAUGUAAAGCAAUCUGAGAGCGUUCUCUGUUAUGCCUCAUCUUGAUUGCUACCCUAGAAAAUGUCCAGAUGUGUGUUCUAUUACAAGGCUAUUUCAUUUUGGUUUGGUUUUGUUUGUUUUUAAUCAAUGAUGCAUUGAUGCAUUUUAACUUUUUGGGGUGAAAAGUACUAUAACAGCUUCUAAUAGGUUAAGAGUUAAUGUGUGUUUUCCAACAGCAGUUGACAGUGCCAUUGAUUAUAUAUAAUCUGUAUACAAACACAGCUGUAUGAAUGCAGUGAUUAAUAUGAUAAAUACAUGAAACAUUAGAAUUGUUAGUUUACUACAUUUCACAACUACUACAGCAGCUUGGUGGCCGUUUUCAUGUUGCAGGCUGUUAUUAUCACACAGUAUUUUGUACAGUUUUAUAAGGUUUAAUGUUAAAUAAUUGCCUUUGGGGUUUUUUUUUGUAAGACAUCUCUUUAAUAUUUAGAGUUAGGCAGCUGCUGACAUAACUCAGAAGAAUUCUGCAUCUUGCUAAUCGACUUCAGGUGUUUGAUUGGCAGCUUGGACCACCGAAGACAGCCUGACUCAUAGAGAGUGCCAUGUGCCAGUGUUACUGCUGGCUGUCACAGGAUCACAGGCUCACAGGAUGUUAGGGGUUGGAAGGGACCCAAGGAGAUCCUCCAGUCCAACUCCCCUGCCAGAGAAGGACAAUACUAUCUAACACAGAGCACACAGGAACACAUCCAUAGAAGGAGACUCCACAACCUCUCUGGGCAGCCUGUGCCAGUGCUCUGGGACCCUUGCAGUAAAGAAGUUUCCCCCUGUGUUGAGCUGGAACCCCUUUUGCUGCAACUUACACCCAUUGCUCCUUGUCCUAUCCCAGGGAGCAGUGAGCAGAGCCUGUCCCCCCACUCCUGGCAUCCCUCAGAUACUUAUAAACAUCUAUCAAAUCCCCUCUCAGUCUUCUCUUCUCCAGACUAAGCAGCCCCAGGUCCCUCAGCCUCUCCUCAUCAGCCAUGCCCUCCAGUCUUCUGUCAUCCUCAUAGCCCUCCACUGGACCCUCUCCAGCAGAUCUCUGUCACUCUUCAACUGGGGAGCCCAAAACUGAACAGUGUUCAAGAUGGGGUCUGAGCAGGGCAGAGUAGAGGGGGAGGAGAACUUCCCUUGAUCUGCUGGACACACUCCUCCCAAUACAGCCCAGGACCCUCUUGGCCACAAGGGCACAUUGCUGUGCCAUGGGGAACUUGUUCUCCACCAGGACCCCCAGGUCCCUCUCCUUGGGGCUGCUCUCCAGCAGAUCACCUCCCAGCCUGUACUGGUGCAGUUUAUUCCUCCCCAGAUGGCGAUACCACAGAAUAAGCAUCCAGUAAGUGAACCAGGACUCCCCACACUUAGAUGUUUUCAGCUAGUUUAGUGUCUAAUUACGUUAGCAAAGGUGUGCCUCGAGCUUUGUUUUUAAUUUGGGCUACUAGAUCAUAUUUACACACAGAAAGCUAUGAUCAGAAGCAUCAACACACAGAGGUGCAAUGCCAGUGUCUCUAAAGUGGGAGCAGCUAUGUUUUCUAAAAGAUAAGUCCAUUGCAGUGCUGAAACAAGGAGAUAAAUGGGAAGGAUACUUAAGCUAACAUGAAAUGGGUUUUGUUUGAACUCUGGGUUUUCAAAAUGGUAAGGGGAGCAAUAUCCCUGAGUAGUGCUUUCCCCUCACUUUGGUGCAAAUCAGUGUCCUGGAUGGACUGAAAUGACUGCCCUGUGCUUUCUAGGGUUUGUGAGCUGCACCAAUCUACUGAACCACAAUUAAAGCUGCCUCUUCUUGCAUUCACUUUCAGUGCUCUUUGGAAGAGUGGCACUCUCACCCGAGGAGGUGUGCAAGUUCUGUCUUUUGUACAGUGAGAGGACACUACCAUUUCUUGCAGUCUUAAAGGAUCAGUUGUGAUGGCUGCUGUUAGGUUAGACAGAAAUGUACAUCAGGAGCCAACACUUACACCCUCCCCUCAGGUAAUACCAAGCACUGUGGCUUCACUGAAGCAAUUCACAUUUGUUGCUUAUGAACCCAACCCCUAAUGUAGUCUUCUCACACUUGAGCUGCUGAGUCAUCAUUCAGGCAAACACAUCCACCUUUGCACACCUAAAUGUCCAUCAGGAUAGAGCCAGGGUUCCAAGGCUGCUCUCGUGCUACCGAAUUUCCCUCGUACAGCUUGGAGUUUUCAGUUCUUGGAGUAGCCAGCCAGAGGAACUUGAGCAGCCAGCCUCACCUGUCUUUUCUCUGAAAGGAUUUGUGCUUACAGCUCAGAGCAGCACUCCACCUAGCCUAGCACAUUCAGCUGGAGCAGAGGCCGUUGCAGAAGCUCUGCUGCAGGUGUGUAUGGAAUAACUCACCCAGAGGCUUGCUCUUUUUUGGGUGAAAUGCCAUAAUCUGGCUACACAAAACCUUUCAAAAGCAAGUGUUGGGAUUUGUGUGAUGUAGCAUCCAUCUAUCUCUUGAGCUAAACACUACAGCCUUUUCCAACGUUCUGCAACACAGCUAGAACAAGUUCUGUCUGUGGGGUGAGAUGCAUUCAACUCAUCCCUUUGGGUUCAACCAGCAUUUUAAUAGACACAGAUUGUUACAGAACAAGGGGGAGAGCUUCAGAGGACCCCACGUUUAUUAACGCAUUUCACACUAUUAUAGUCCUACUCUGCAAGAAGAGUAAUGGUCAAACCAGCAUGAAAUAUGUUGAUAAUGUGCAUCAAGAAGGGCACAGCUUAAAGGGCAGUGCACUGUAUUGUGGCUGAUGGUUUAUGGCCCUGGGGUUUUUGCUCAGGAUCGGUUGCGUUUACAUAAGAAAAGCGUUUUCUGGCAAACAGUGAACCUCUACCAGCAAAGGCAAACACAAGUGGCUGUGUCAAAGAAAGUACUGCUUUUCAGAUAAAUAAGAUGCCUAUUUUUCAAGGUCUUACUUUGUUAUGCAGGACACAAUAAUUAUGCUGUAAUUACAAUGGUCUAAAUUCAAAGUACUUUUGACUUGUCUAUGUAAUCUCGGUGUAAAAUAAGGUACCAGCCGAAGAGCAUCGCCGUAGCUUUGCCUAACAGUUAUUAAUUGUAUUUAGCCACUGCUUUGUGAAUGUUUAUUGUUGUGCUAUGACUUUCUUUUAAUAUUUUGCUGUGCCAGCAAGUUUAUGAAUUGUGCCAGCACCCAUUUGUGAAUACCAACUGCUGUCAUACCUUUGUGAGUAAAAUCAGUCUGUCGUUUUCUCUC